GUGCUGAUGUCGGCAUAUUUAUGAGAGGGGGGCAUGAACAGUAUAAAAUACCAGGUAAACAACAAAAAGUAAAAUAGACCCAUUAGCUAUCUUGUGUGUGAUGACUAUGGUUGGAUCUCUGCUGGUGCUGGUACUGCUGGUAUCUGUUGCCCUCUCUCAUCCACUCAGCUCUAACUAUGGACAGGACCCAGAAGUCAACUAUGGCCCGAUUGAGUUGAUCACCUCUAAGGGCUAUCCUGCUGAAACACACACAGUGAUCACUGUGGAUGGAUAUGUGCUGGAGAUGCAUAGAAUUCCCGGACCAAAGGGGACGAUGCAUCAAGACGAGAAGCGUCCAGUGUUCUUCCUGCAACACGGUCUCCUCUGCUCCAGCACCAACUGGCUCACCAACCUGGCCAAUGAGAGUCUCGCCUAUCUCCUUGCCGACGCUGGGUUUGAUGUCUGGAUGGGGAACGUCCGAGGGAACACUUACUCUAAACUGCACACACACCUCAAGCCAGAUGAGAAAGCUUUCUGGGAUUUUACAUAUGACGAGCACGCUGCAAUAGACCUCCCUGCCAUGGUGAACUAUGUCUUGGACACGAGUAAACAAUCGGAUUUGUUCUAUGUGGGUCACUCUCAAGGCACCGUCAUGGGGUUUGCAGGGUUCACCAUCAACCAGACACUCGCCAAACAAAUCAAGACCUUCUUUGCACUAGCUCCUGUCACAACUCUGUCACACAUUCAAGGACUGUUUCACGUGUUGGCCAACCCACUCAUCUAUCCUGAACUAGAGUUUUUGCUGGAGCAUAUUGGUACUGGUGAAUUUUUUGGUAGUAGUGACAUCAUCAAGUUCCUGGGCAAGGAUGUGUGCAUCCCUCAGUUUCAUCUCAUCGAUGGUAUCUGUGAGGACGUGCUGUUCCUCAUCUGUGGAUUCAACCCUGACAAUAUUAACAUUACUCGUCUCCCCGUCUACUACACCCACACACCUGCUGGUACGUCUGUCAAGAAUCUUAUUCAUUUUGCUCAGGGAGCCCACAAUGGAAAGUUUGCAAUGUAUGACUACGAGAGCAAGGCAAAGAAUAUGAAAGCAUACGGAACUCCCACCCCUCCCUCGUACAACGUGACAGAGCUGAAUGUCCCCACUGCCUUGUUCACUGGUGGCAAUGAUUGGUUGGCUGACCCCACUGACGUCAAUGCCUCCAUACCUCUACUCAAUACUACUGGACAUGUGUUCUAUCGCAAGCAUAUCGUGCAGUACGACCAUCUUGACUUCAUCUGGGGACUGGACUCAGCUAGUGUUGUGUAUAAUGAUAUUAUUAACAUUGCCAAAACCAUGUUGUGAAAUUUCAUGCGUUUUUAUUUAUGAAUUUGUGCCAAUAAUAAUUAUUUAAGCUGUUAUCACAAGACACA